AUGGCGGAGUCUCUGUCCGGCUUAGGCGAUUCUGGUGCGGCGGGCGCAGCGGCUCUGAGCUCCGCCUCGUCGGAGACCGGGACGCGGCGCCUCACCGACCUUAGGGUGAUCGAUCUGCGGGCAGAGCUGAAGAAACGGAACCUGGACUCGAGCGGCAACAAGAGCGCUUUGAUGGAGCGACUUAGAAAGGCAAUUGAAGAUGAGGGAGGUAAUCCUGAUGAAAUUGAAAUUACCUCUGAAGGAAAUAAGAAGACAUCAAAGAGAUCCAGCAAAGGCCGCAAGCCAGAAGAAGAGAGUUUGGAAGAUAAUGGGCUAGAGGAAAAUUCUAGGGAUGGACAGGAGGAUGUUGAGACCAGUUUGGAGAACUUACAUGUCAUCGACAUGAUGGAUAUCAGUGUGUUGGAUGAAGCAGAGAUUGAUAAUGGGAGCAUUGCAGACUGUGUGGAAGAUGACGAUAACCUCCAGGAGUCCCUGUCUGACAAUAGAGAGCUAGUAGAGGGGGAGAUGCAAGAGCUUCCGGAGCAACUUCAAGAACAUGCUGUAGAGGACAAAGAAAGUAUAAACAAUUUAGACACUUUAUCACCUGACUUCACUGUAUUACAGGAAAUUGAAGAGCCAUCCAUGGAGCCAGAAAAUGAGAAAAUACUCGACAUUUUGGGGGAAACUUGUAAAUCUGAGCCAGUAAAAGAAGAAGGUUCCGAGCUGGAGCAGCCAUUUGCACAGGAAACAAGUAGCGUGGGGCCAGACAGAAAGCUUGCGGAGGAAGAGGACCUUUUUGACAGCGCCCAUCCGGAGGAGGGUGAUUUAGAUUUGGCCAACGAGUCAACAGCACACGCUCAGUCGAGCAAGGCAGACACCCUGUUAGCGGUAGUGAAAAGGGAGCCCGUGGAGCAGACAGGCGAUGACGAGAGGACGGACUGUGAGCCUGUAGGGCUAGAGAAGCCAAUUGAGCAGAGUAGUAAAGCCUCAGAGCACACGGAAGCCUGUAGCGAGGAGGCCGCGGAAGCGCCCCCGGAAGCCUCAAGCCCGGACCCCGGGGAUAGCAAAGAAGACGUGAAGAAGUUUGCUUUUGAAGCUUGUAAUGAAGUCCCUCCGGCUCCUAAAGAGUCCUCAGCCAGUGAGGGCGCUGAUCAGAAAAUGAGUUCUGUCGAAGAUGACUCGGAUACAAAAAAGCUUUCCAAAGAGGAGAAGGGUCACAGCAGUUGUGGAAGGAAUUUCUGGGUUAGUGGACUUUCUUCUACCACCAGAGCUGCAGAUUUGAAGAAUCUUUUCAGCAAAUACGGGAAGGUGGUGGGCGCCAAAGUUGUGACCAAUGCCCGGAGUCCUGGAGCUCGCUGCUAUGGCUUCGUUACCAUGUCCACAGUGGAAGAGGCCACAAAAUGCAUCAACAACCUGCACAAAACAGAGCUCCAUGGAAAAAUGAUCUCAGUAGAAAAAGUGAUAAAUGAACCUGCUGGGAAGAAAACUUCUGAGAGAAGAGAAGGGGAGGGGAAAAAAGAGAAGUCUAGCAAUGCUGACAGAUCUGCCAAUGUCAAGAGGGAAGAGAAGGCUGACAGAAAAGAUGAUGCUAAAAAGGGUGAAGACGGGAGUGGAGAGAAGAGUGAAGACCAGGAUGAUCAGAAACCUGGCUCUUCAGAGCACUCUCGAGCCACAAAGUCAGGAAGCCGAGGAACUGAGCGGACUGUGGUGAUGGAUAAAUCUAAAGGUGUGCCUGUUAUCAGUGUCAAAACGUUGGGAUCCAAAGAGCGAGUGUCCAAGAGUCAGGAUCGAAAAUCGGGGAGCAUAGAGAAGCAGUCUGUUGGUUCCUUUGAUAAAGUCAAAGAAUCGAAGAAGUCUAGAGAAUCAGAGUCAUGCAGGGUACGAGAGCUCAGUGAUCGAGAGCAGUACACGCAGGCAGAGCUGGAGCGGCAGGAGCAUGAGGAACUGCUAUUCGCCCGUGAGAGGCUGGCCUUCCAGAGACGCCUCCUGGAGAGGGAACGCAUGGAGCGGGAGCGGCUGGAGCGCAAGCGCAUGCGCGUGGAGCUCCUGCGGCGGCGCCAGCAAGAACUACACUAUGAGCAGGAGCAGAGGCCCUAUGACGACGGGCGGCGAGAUGAUGUUUACUGGCCAGAAGCUAAGCGGGUAGCCCUGGAUGAGCGCUACCAUUCUGACUUGGACCACCAGGACCGCUUCCACAACUGUGAUCACAGAGACCAGAGCUGCUACCCUGAUCACUCGGUUGACAGGAGAGAAGGUUCAAGGUCAAUCAUGGAAGAAAGAGAAGAACAGGUAAGUUAG